UUGGGGUGUAGCGCAGAAGCGGCGGCGCGGCCGGAACGGCGGCGGGCACGGGGCCGGCAUGAGCGAGCUGCGGCAGCGGCUCGGCCGGGAGCCCGGCGGGGCGCGGGAGCCCGAGGAGAAGGAGUCAGAGUCUGAGAACAAGCUGGAUGGAGAGACAGCCUCAGACAGUGAAAGCAAGUCUGAGUUUGGAGGCUCAGCCCCAGUGCCAACAUCGGAUGACACUCCAGAGGUCCUCAACAGAGCUCUCUCCAACCUGUCCUCAAGAUGGAAGAACUGGUGGGUGAGAGGCAUCCUCACACUGGCCAUGAUCACCUUCUUCUUCAUCAUCAUCUACUUGGGACCCAUGGUCUUAAUGACAAUAGUCAUGUGUGUCCAGAUCAAAUGCUUCCACGAGAUCAUCACCAUUGGCUAUAACGUGUACCACUCCUACGACCUGCCCUGGUUCAGGACACUCAGCUGGUACUUCCUGCUCUGUGCCAACUACUUCUUCUAUGGAGAGACUGUGACAGAUUAUUUCUUCACCCUGGUGCAGAGGGAGGAGCCCCUGAGGAUCCUCAGCAAAUAUCACCGCUUCAUUUCCUUCGCCCUCUACUUGACAGGUUUCUGCAUGUUUGUCCUGAGCCUGGUGAAGAAGCACUAUCGCCUCCAGUUCUACAUGUUCGGCUGGACCCACGUGACGCUGCUGAUUGUGGUCACCCAGUCACACCUCAUCAUUCACAACCUCUUUGAAGGGAUGAUCUGGUUCAUUGUGCCAAUCUCCUGUGUCAUCUGCAAUGACAUCAUGGCCUACAUGUUUGGGUUCUUCUUCGGCCGCACGCCGCUCAUCAAGCUGUCCCCAAAGAAGACCUGGGAGGGUUUCAUUGGAGGAUUCUUUGCCACUGUUCUGUUUGGAUUGCUGCUGUCCUAUGUCAUGUCUGGGUACCGCUGCUUCACCUGCCCGGUGGAGUUCAACAACGACACCAACAGCUUCACCGUGGACUGUGAGCCCUCUGAGCUCUUCCAGCUGCAGGAGUACAACAUCCCCCUGGUGCUGCAGUCCGUGGUGGGCUGGAAGACCGUCCGGAUGUAUCCCUUCCAGAUCCACAGCAUCGCCCUCUCCACUUUUGCCUCCCUCAUUGGGCCCUUUGGAGGCUUCUUUGCCAGUGGCUUUAAAAGGGCCUUCAAAAUCAAGGACUUUGCCAACACCAUCCCGGGGCACGGGGGCAUCAUGGAUCGCUUCGACUGCCAGUACCUGAUGGCCACCUUCGUCAACGUCUACAUCGCGAGCUUCAUCAGGGGUCCUAACCCAAGCAAACUGAUCCAGCAGUUCUUAACCUUGAGGCCAGACCAGCAGCUGCACAUCUUCAACACGCUCAAAGCACACCUGGUGGACAAGGGGGUGCUGGGCAGCCUGGAGGACGCAUAGGCAGCUGGCUGAGGGAUCAGGACUGAAAGCAGGCAAGCCUCCUGGAGGAACUUCCUGGCUUGCCUGAUUUAAGACAAUAACAAGGCCUCAUUUCACUGUAACUUUUCUUCCUCUCUUGGUAAAUGUUUGCAUUUGUGUUGGGUUUUUUUCAACUAUUUAUAGAGCUUUGGUUCAAAGGAGCGAAUCUGGGCUGGGUAGCUGGCAAGGAGGUGAGGUUUGGAAGGGCUGUUGGCUGAAGGAGGAGGUUGAAAGUGUCCUCCUGGUCUGUUCUGAACCUUG